AUGCUCUGUAGGAUCAUAUUCUGCGUUUCCGUCCUCCUUUCCAUCCUCAUCGUCCUCCUCCUCGCUUUCCUCUCCCCGAUUCCCCACCACAGUAAUCCCAACACCAACAAGCCUUGGGUAGCCCUCUCUCUCUACCUCCAGCAGCCUCAGAACUCGCCGUCAGCCAGACCCACGGCCGACGGCGGCGGUGGCGGGGUAUUCGUUUUCCACCGUUCGCUAACCGAAGGCCCGGAGAAUACUUCCAGAGUGGUCGGGAGAGCUCAGGGGUUCAUCAUCCCCGUCGAGACGUUUGCCGAUUCGGCUUUCAACAUCGUCUAUCUGACGUUCCAGACGCCGGAUUUUUCCGGGAGUUUGAGCGUGCAGGCGAGGAGCGCGGCGGCGGGGAGGAAUGACGAGGAGCGGCGGCUGGCGGUCGUCGGCGGAACUGGGUCCUUCGCGUUCGCUCGCGGGUUUGCGGUUUUGGCGCAGGAUAAGAGUGAGGAGAAUCGGAAGCAGUUGAAGCUUCAGCUCAAAUUUCCCAAUCGGUCCCAAACGAUUUUCCCUGGCUGA